UGGGUCUCAAUCAUGGGCUCUUCCUCCUCGCCAGCAAAGCAAAAACAGAAACGCGCGACUGCGUCUACCUCCACGGCCUCUUCUUCCUCGCUGCCUACGGCAGUCUCUGGGUUCACCGUCCUGCCCAUCGCCUACUCGUCUACUACAAUACAUAUCAUAUACGCACGCGCACACUCUGUCGCGAAGCAGAAGAACGCGAAGGGCAAGCAAAAGGAGGAGCUGCCUGAGGGCCGCACGCUCUUUCUCGUGAACGUCCCCCCUGACGCGACGGAGCGCGAGCUCACUGUUCUGUUCAAGUCGUGUGGGACUGUCGAGAGGGUAGUGUUCAGCACGGGCGGCACGAGCGCGCAACAAGACACGGCGGAGGAUGAGGAUGAGAGCGGGGACGAGGGCGAGGAGGGCGGAGUGGGCAGCGGCAGUGAGGAGCCCUCUGGCUCGGACGACGAGGAGGACGGGGAGGCGCGGCCGAAGAAGAAGCGAAAGAUCAGCCAGCCCGAAGGCCCCAAGGUCGUGCCCCUGCCCUCUAUCCCUCUACGAACGUUCCGGCGCACGGGCCACACGGCCUACGUCGUCUUCCUGGACAGCUCCUCGCUCGCACGCGCCCUCAAGCCCCCGACAAAACCUUAUCCUUGGCCGAUCGACCGCGAGACCCCGCUGGGGCUCGAGCAUUACAAGGCGCUCUACUCGGCCCUGCGACCGCCGUUGGACGUCGUGCGUGCGCACGCGGACUCGUGGAUGGAGGCGUUCGAGCACGAGCAAGCGAAGAAGCGGCAGGAGAGCCAGUACAGGAAGGGCGAGGCGAUCGUCGACGAGGACGGCUUUACGCUGGUCACGCGUGGGGGCGCGUACGGCAAGACGCUUGGUGGUGGGGUGGGCGUCGCGAGCAAGCGGUUCAUGGGCGAGCAGGUCGCUGGGGCCGCCUCCGGUGCUGGGAGCAAGCGGCAUAGGAAAAAGAAGGAUAAGAAGGAGAAGGACGCGUUCUAUGCGUUCCAAGUCCACGAGAAGAAACGGAAAGAAAUCGUGGACCUCAAAAAGAAGUUCGAGGAAGACAAGGCGAAGAUUGAGAAGCUGAAGCAGUCGAGGAAGUUCAAGCCCUAUUAAAGUGCGCUUGUGUAAUGCUGCUGCGCAUGUUGCAUUCUAGGACACGCUAGGUGUCAUAGCUCCCUGUGAGGGUCUAUGUCGAUAUGUCAGGGACGGUGGUUUCCCAUACAAUCGUUGUUGCAAGC